UUGUUGCUAAGAGUCUUUUCCUUUUGCUCAUGGGUUUCAGUUAAAGCAUAAGGAAUUCUGAGUUUUUGUGUGUGUGUGUGUCUCUCUCUCUCUCUUUUAAGAAGAUUAUUCUUGUAGAUGAUAACCCUAGUCUGGCCGGGCUUCUCCUUUUUCUUCUCUUCUCUUCUCUUCUUUCUUAUUCUAGCAUCUCCACUUACUUCCGCCUUUCGUUCUCCUUCCUUCCAUACUCGCUUCUUCCGCUCAGAUCUCCGGCUUUCGAUCUGAUUUUGAUUCUGGAAAGCCAUGCCUUUAAUUGUUCCUUUUCUAUGAGCUCGUUCUUUUGAUGGAUUUCUCAAAUUGAGCUGCGGAAGUAGAAACCUGCUGCUGAGUUCUGAGAAGCUGAUUCAAAGCCAUGUUUUCGCUGGAAUUGGAUGCCAGUCAUGGUGAUUAGGACCUUGUCUUGAAGUUUCUACAACUCGGAGAACAUCGAUGCUGAUGAAGCAGCCAUGGAUUUGAGUCAUAUCAGCAGCUCCAAUCUCAUCGACGCCAAGCUCGAAGAGCACCGGAUGUGUGGAGCCAGCCAGUGUCCAAGCUGUGGCCACAGAUUAGAUCGCAAGCCGGACUGGGUUGGGCUACCAGCAGGAGUCAAGUUCGAUCCAACUGACCAGGAAUUGAUAGAGCAUCUGGAAGCCAAGGUCGAAGCAGCAGGACUGAAGUCCCACCCUCUGAUAGAUGAGUUCAUACCCACAAUUGAAGGCGAAGAUGGCAUCUGCUACACUCAUCCUGAGAAACUUCCAGGUGUGACGAAGGAUGGCCUCAGCAAGCACUUCUUCCACAGGCCAUCCAAGGCUUACACCACCGGCACGAGGAAGAGAAGGAAGAUACAGACGGAGUGCGACCUCCAAAGGGGCGAGACCAGGUGGCACAAGACAGGCAAGACGAGGCCGGUGAUGGUGAACGGGAAGCAGAAGGGGUGCAAGAAGAUACUGGUCCUGUACACAAACUUCGGGAAGAACAGGAAGCCGGAGAAGACCAACUGGGUGAUGCACCAGUACCACCUGGGGGAGUUGGAGGAAGAGAAGGAAGGUGAGCUUGUGGUGUCCAAAAUAUUCUACCAGACACAGCCAAGGCAGUGUCAUUGGUCGGAUAAGAAUGCAGCAGCUGCAGCGACCGUGGAAGGGAUGGACCAGAGGAGGGACAGCGGGAGCGGGAGCUGCUCCUCCAAGGAGGUCAUCGGCCAGAGAGACGAGAUCUCUUCUGGGCCUGUCAUCUCAGGGUACGGUGGCAUGGAGAUGCGCCACCACCACCAUCUCAAGCCCGAUAACUUCAGCUUUUCUCCCUUCAGGAAAAGCUUUGAGGAGGCCAGCUUGGGAGAAGCUGCAGCCAAGAGAGGAGAGCAUGAGCACCAUCAGAUAAUCCAGGAACAGCAGCAGCAGCAAAGCCAUGGCGACAGGAGCAUGGCCUUGCACAUUACGAGGCCUACAAACCUCAUGUCUACCUUUGUCUCUCCUCCUCCGAUCCAGCAGACGUCGAUCGUUCUUGAUGACCCCUAUCAUGUCUCUGUUCUUCAGGCUGACAAGUAUCAGCAGCAGCAACAACAACAGAAGCUGGAUCACAGAUCUACUUCUGGCCUGGAAGAAUUGAUAAUGGGUUGCACUUCAUCAGGCACAAAAGGAGAAGCACUAAUUCCACAGACCCAAGAGACAGAAUGGCAGUACUCAUACUGGUCACCUGACAACCGAGAUCAUCAUGGGUAAUAACAAAGGGGAGGAAAAACCAAGAAAGAAAGGUAACAGAACAUCAUCAUCAUUAUCAUCAGUACAUAUACUUAUGACGAAGUUACUCCAAGGAGCAGAAACUGGUGUGGGAAAAAAAGAACUGAGAAAAGAAAGAAAAGCAAACGUGUCCCCCUCCCCCGCCUCCCCUCCCCCCCCCCGCCCUCUCCUCUUCACCCGAGGAGGAGGUUCUCAUAGGUCGCUGAAGGCGCAUACGACUAAUAAUAACUCAUUGUCCAAUAAGCCAAGUUGGAGGGAAACAAAGUGACAAAGAGUGUUGGUGGAAAGAAAGAGAGAGAAGAGAGAGAAGAGGGAAAGUAAAAGAGACAGAAGACAAGGGAAGCAAAAGAAAAAGACAGCUGCUGCUGUUUGCUGACAUUAGAAGGGAAUGCCAAAAUGCCUAGAGAACACACAUCAAAAUCAGCACUCUCAUCAUUGCUAAUAUCACCCAUCAUCAACUUUCAUUUGGUGUUCAAAGUAUAGCAAAUAACUACAUUGACACACUUUUGUUCUCACUUUGUUCUUCAUUUGUGGUUCUUUGGCUUAUAUGUUAGAAAAGAAAGCCAGAAGGGAAGGGAAGGGAAAGCUUUCAAAUUAAUGUUGUAGCGUUUGUUAUUGUUUGGAAAUUAACUUGUGAUUUUUAAGGGGUAAGAGUGAAGAAUAAUAGUCCUUUUUCUUUUUCUUCCAUCAGCAAUUGUGUAGCCUACAUGUUUUAUAAUGAAAUUUGAGGUGAGUCUUUGCUGAUAGGAUCCCAAGUGGAGUGACUUUGCUGAUAUUAGUGAUAGAAAUAAAAUAAGAGUUAUGUUAUUUGCAUUUGGUAAAACAUGUGAUUAGCCUUAAAAACUUUGGUCGUUGUUAGGAUAUUAGGUAAG